AUGUUGGGGUUGGGUGUUGACCGGUUGCGAGCCGAUAUGAAUCGGUUGCUCGCAAUGCUCUUUCACCAGGGAGUAUUGGACGAGCAAUUCUUGCAACUACAGCAGCUUCAAGACGAGAGCUCCCCAAACUUUGUCUCUGAAGUCGUCAACAUCUACUUCCAAGAGUCGGAGAAACUCUUGAGAAAUCUCAGAGCACUACUGAUGGAUAGGGAGUUGUCGGACUACAAGAAAAUGGGAAUCCAUUUGAAUCAGUUGAUCGGAAGCAGCUCAAGCAUUGGUGCCAAGAGACUCAGAAACGUCUGCGUUGCUUUUCGAGCCGCUUCGGAACAACACAACCGUGCUGGGUGCUUGAGAGCCUUAGAGCUUCUCGAACAUGACUAUUGCUACCUCAAGAACAAACUACAUGAAUUGUUCCAGAUAGAGCAGCAACGAGUAUUGGCAGCUGGGGUUCGAUACCCAAUACAGCAGAUCAAUUAA